AUGCUGCGCUGGGGCAUUCUGGGCACCAGCUUCAUCAGCGACGUCGUGGCCAAGGCCAUUGUCGCCAGCAACAGCUCCCACAUCCAGGCCGUCUUUGGCCGCGACGAGCAGCGCCUCUCCGCCUUUGCCGACCGGUACGGCAUCGCCUCGCGCUACGCCUCGCUCGACGCGCUGCUCGCCGACCCGGCCGUCGACGUCAUCUACGUCGGGCUUCCCAGCCACAAGCACGCCGAGGCUGUGCUGCUCGCGACGCAGGCCGGCAAAAAGGCCAUCCUGUCGGAAAAGUCGCUCGCCACGACCAUGGCCGACGCGCACGCCAUGACGGCCGCCGUCCGCGCCGCCGGCGACGUCUUCCUCCUCGAGGGGCUCAUGUACCUCACCCACCCCGUCAUGGAGACACUGGCCGCCGUCAUCGCCGACGGCCGCCUCGGCCGCAUCCGCGGCGUCUCGGGCUACUACGCCGCCAGCAUCGCCGCCAAAGCCAACCCGCGCGGGCGCGGCACAAUCUACAACCUCGGCUGCUACCCGGUGUCGCUGCUGCACCUCGUCCUCGAGACGGCGUACGGCGGGGACUCCCGCGUCUGGAACGGGAGACGCUCCGUGCUGGGCCACGGCACGCUGGUGACGAGCGACGACGGCGUCACGUACGCGCGCGACGCGGCGCUCACGGUGCGUUUCGAGGAAGAGGGCGUGCUGGCCACGAUCCAGUCGUCCGACUCGUUUGGCAACGACUUUGCGUUUACGGUGCAGGGCGACAAGGCGUCGCUGACGUUUGUCACGAACCCGUGGCUGCCGCUGGCCGGGGACAACGUCUUCACGAUCAAGACGUACAAGGGCGGCGCGGUGGACACAAUCACCGUCUCGAGCAAGAUGGACGCGUUUGGCCACCAGAUCAAAAAGGUCGAGGAGUACGUCAACUCGGGCAUCAAGGAGGCUGCGCGACCCUCGCCGAGCUGGGACAACUCGGUUGAGAUUAUGGGCCUGUUGACGGAGUGGGAAGAAGACAUUUUUGCGCGUCACGGCGAAAAGGUUCAAGCGUAG